AUUCACAUCGUGCUCGGCUUCCUCACAACACUUCGUCUUGCUUUGUUCCAGGAACAACAUCGUCUCGACCAAAAUCAUUAUGGAACACGAACAGUGAGCAAGACACUUCAACAUCCUGCAAGAACAAACAGGCGUUCUUAAUUGGAGAUCAUUUGUAUCGGCAAAACUGGCCAAAUCGAUCUAUCCCUUUGGCUAUGUCCACGAAGGAAUCAACUCCCGGAGGAAGAAUUAGAUCUCCCCCUCCGUCCUUCAGACCGCCACCACCCUUUGCGGCACCGCCACCCAAUCCUUUGAGUCCUUCCUCCCAAAGGAAACUUUCGGUAAACGCUCCAUUUCGGGGUCGAAGCCCCAGUCCGUUUAAUCGUCGUCCGGUGGAAAAGAUUGAGGAACAGAAAAUUGCCAGAUUUGGUGAACCCUCCUCCAGAAUGAAUAGCCCACUCCGUACCCUCAAUGGUCAAAGCAGAACGUCCUCUGAGGAUCAUGCAGACUUCCUGGACAUUUUGGAGAAGGAAGAAGAAGGCUUUGCGGAACAGCUCAAGAAACAAAAGGUCUUUCUGCAAACCGUGUUCAAAGAGAAGGACGAACUGGCCACCACGUGUGCCAAUCAAGCUGGCAAACUGCAGAGGCUUGAGAAUGAGCGGCAGGAAUGGCAGAAAAAGAUUAUUGAGGCAGAGCGUGAAAAACGCGAUCUGGCCGAGAAACUGACACAAGAGGAGCAAUCUCGGAGCCAAUCUGUGAAGAAAUUAGAAAAACAGAAGCGUGACCUCGAGAAGAUGCAAUCAGAAUCCUCACUUAUGGCCAAGGAACGAAAUGAUGCAGUGUCGCAGCUAAGUCAGGAGAUGAAGGAAAUCGAGAGGCUUGAAUCCGAGCGGAAAUCCUUAUUCGCUCGCAUUGACGCCUUGGAGCGUCAAAAGCUAGGAUCCAGUGCCAAUAAUAAGCCCAUUGAUAAGACCUUGGCAGAGACAAAUCUGAAGCUCAAAUUGGAGAUCGGAAACAUCCGCACCGAUUGUGACAAACUGAAUCGAACGACAGAAAACUUGAACAAGGAAAAAACCGACCUGACCAAUAAACUCACCGAGACCAGUAUCAAAUUGCGGGAACGAGACACGGAGCUAAAGCAAACCCAAAACAAGCUGUCCGAUGCCAUGGAUAGUUUGACUUCGGUGAAGAACCAAUUUGAUCGUCAACAUGAGGAGACUAAAAAGUUGAGGAAAGUCGAGCACGAGCUCAAAUUGGAGGCUACGAGAGCUAAAAAAGAGGCUGUGACCAAUUCAGACGGGGCAAGUAAACUAAGGCGUGAAGUGGAAAAACUAUUAGAAGAGAGGAAAGACCAUCUUCAAAAGAUUGAGGACUUGCAACACGAAGCCAAAGAUAUGAAAGAUAAAAUCACCUCAUUUGAGUCCAACAAGCAAAACGAACUGAAAAAAGUGGAGGAGUCCCUCAAAGAUACGAUCAAUGCCAAUAAGAAGGUUCAAGAUAACCUAAACAAGGAAAAGGACAUGAUCUCAGUGCUGGAUGACGAGAAAAAGAAAUUGGAAAGUGAUUUGAAUUUGGCGCGCAAAGAGAAGCAGAAAUCGGAAGCGGAUCUGAAGCAUCUCCAAAGCCUCAUGGAAAAACGGAAACAAGCCGAGUCGGAGUUGGAGCUGAUGGUGAAAGAUCUAAAGGAGAAACUCGACAAAUAUGACAUCGACAAGAAGGCAGCUUUGAAAGUAGAGAAAUCCAAGAGAGAAACGAUGGCCUCCAAACAAGAACAAGAGCGCAAAGAAAUGGAGGAGAAAUGGGACAAGAUGAAGCUUCAAUUUGAAAAGGCUGCCAUUGAAAGUAAGAAGAAAAUGGCACAAUUGGAGGAAGAGAACAAUAAGGCGACAUCUAUCAUUGAUGAUGCCAAGAGUGAGGUGGCCAAGAAAGAAGACGAGCUCCGGGUUGCGAAUCGAAAGAUCAAAUCGCUGGAGAGCGAAUUCCAGAAGUACAAGGCGAGUAGUAAAAGUGAGGAUGAACGACACACUCAAGAGCUUGAAACGGUCGAACAGAGGCUGAUUGAAGCCCGCAAAUCUGCUGAGGUCAUGAAGAAGAAGAUGGAUAGCAAUGAUGCGGAAAUGAAGCGGGUAGUCGAUGCCAAAAAUGUCCUAGAAGGAAAGGUGAAUGCUCUUGAAGCAGACAUAAGGAGCAUGAAGGAAAGUGGCAACACGACACUUUCCAAAGUGCAAAACGAAAAGGAGUUGGUCCAAAAAGAACUGAGGGACGCUGCCAAUAAGAUCCUUCAGUUACGGGACGAAAAAUGCCGACUGGAAACCAAGGCCAACGAGGAUGUCAAGGACUUUGAGAAGACCAUUGAAAACUUGAGAACGGACCUACAGAACGUCACUCUGAAGAAGGAUGAGCUUUCCGGAAAGUUGAAUGAUUUGAUCUCCAACAAAGAUAAUGAUUUGGCUAAUCAACUCAGGGUAAAAGAUGAGGAAAUCAAGGCCAAGGAUCUGGAGAAAGAUAACCUUAGAAUGGACAUGGACGCUAAAGUGAAAAAGGUUAACGAACAGCUGGAGAAGCAAAGAAAACAGAGUGAAAAAGAGAUGGCCAACUUAAAGGGCGAAAUCCAGGAUGUCAGCGAGAAGUUGGCCAAGAAAGAGGAUAUAACGUUCAAAUUGGAGAAGGAGAAGCGAGAGGUUGUAAUCGCCAAAGACAAGAUCGCGAAGCAACUGGAGGCCCUAGAAUCAGAAAAGGAGAUGAUCAAGGAGAAUCUGGGCCAUCUUGAGGCCGAAAAGAAAUCCAACAACUUUGGUAGGUACGAGAAGGAGCGAUUGAAAGGUGACUUGGACAAGAUCGCCGAGGAGAAGGAACGCCUGCAAGCCAGGAUCGAGACCCUAAGCCAGGAGCGUAAUGAGCUCCAGUCCAAGAUUGAGGCCAUGUCAAAGGGGGAGUCCAAGCACAAGGACGAGCUCGUUAAGGCAAAUAAAGCUUUACUCGGCAAGACCGAGGCAUUGGAGGGCGAGAAAUCACAAUUGCAACGAAACUUCGAGAUGCUGGAGGAAAAGCUGAAUGGGCUGGAGCGUGCGAAAGCUGAUGUAUUGCGCCAAAAUCAGACUCUGACUUCACAGAUUACAUCACUGGAAAGUCAGUGCAAGUCGCUGCAGAACGACAAGCAAUCCACAAAUCAGGGACUCCACGCCCAAAUCAACAACUUAAAGACAGAACGAGACAAACUCCAGGCCACUCUGGCCGAUUUGAAGACCAAACAAUCAGCCACGAUGCAAGAAUUGGACCUCCUGAAGAAAGAGCUCAAGAGGAGCGAGGACGCCAAACGAGAACUCGGGGAUCAAGUGAAGAAGCUUCAAUUGGGAGACAAGACCAAGAUCCUCACGGAUCGGCUGAAUCAAUUGGAAAAGGAUAAGCUUGAUUUGGAGAAGAAGGUGAGGCUCUUGGAUCGGGAGAAAUCGGACCUGAGCAGCAAAAUCAAGCCUAUGGAGAAGGAAAAGAUCACAUUGGGUCAGAAGAUCCGCGAUCUGGAGGCCUCCAAGAACGAGCUUCAAAAGCGAGUGAGUGACUUGGAGAUCAGUUUGAAAACCAAACACAACGAAGAAGUCGUCAAGUCUCAAUAUGAAGUCAGAACCUUAAAACAAGAGAAUCAAACAAUGAAACGCGAGAAGGAUGAUUUGUGCAAGACCCUGAAGGUCGUCGAAAAAGAUCUGAGGAAAGUGGCCAGGGAUGUCAAUCAGAAGAAAGUUCAGGCUCAAAUCAAGAGAAUGGUGGAAGGUAUUGAGAUGAACACGCUGAUCCCCAAGACCGAAGCUGAAACCACAGCCUUGAAGGACCUCGAAGAACUCGCGAAUCAAUUGUCGGAGAAGUGUGAGGAAGUUGGAACGUGGAAAAGCAAUUUCGAAAAGCUCCAAAACGACUUUGGCGAGAGAACCUCAGAAUUGGAAUGCCUCAAUUCCCAACUACAAAAGGCCAAGGUCGACGGAGGGUCUGCCGUCGAGAAGCUAAAGAAAACCGAAGAUGAUCUUGCUCACAUCAAGGAGAAAAACGCCCAAUUGUCAGAUGAACUAUUGAACAAAUCGAGGCAAAUGACAGCCUUCGAGAACCAAGUCAAAGGCUCCAUGGGUGCCAUUAGCAAUGAGGCCACAAAGGCCAUGGAACAGAAGAUCAAGGAUCUACAAAAGAAGCUAGACGAGGCGGUGACCAAAAAGCCGCCAACCGAACGGAAAAAGUCCGUAAAGUUCAAUUUGGAACCCGAGCAAGAUGACUCUUUGGACAAGAUUGCAAGGCUUGAGGCGGCCUUGGAGGAGGCAAGUCGAGAAAGAAAAGAGAUCCUGGAGGCAGCAGAAAAGGAAAUCGAGUAUCACCGAUCCAUCGCUUGCGAGCUCGAGGAGACCAUGGUGAAUGACUUUGAAUGGAAGAUCCACGAAAUCGAGUCCGAUUUCCAUCAACGCCUCAAAGAGGCGCAAAGUGGGGAUGGAGGCAGCAAUUCCAGGAAAUCCUCACACACUUCAUCAGGAACAUAUACUCAGUCAGAGCUAGAUCAGAAGUUGCGUGAGCUUAAGACGGAAAUCACUCGGCAAAAAGAUGAUGAACUUCGCCGGAUGCAGAGUCAAUUAAGAAAAGAGAUGGAUGAGAAACUCAGAAGCGACAACAAUUCUCACAAAGAAUCCCUUGUGGCGGAAAAGCAACGGGAAUUGGAGGAAGUGAAGCGCAAAUGGAUUCUUGAAAGUAAAAGCUUGAGCGAGCAGUUGGAGGUUCUCAAGAAGGAAAUUGAGAGGAAGGAUGAGGCCCUCAUCAAGGCAGUCAAUGAUGCCCAAUCCGAAGGCGAUCAGAAGGCCUUUGAAGAGCGUCGCAAGGCCACGGAGCUGGCAGAAAAAAGUCAAGGCGAGAUGGAGGCACUUAGGGAUGAUCUGAAUGGGCAGAUAUCUCGAAUAAGAGCCGAGUAUGAUGAGAAAGUGGAGAAUUUAGAAAGCAGACUUCAGGUGGCUUUAGGUGCGAAAUUGGAACACAUGAUGGCCAUGAAAGAUGAGGUGGAACAGGAAUAUGCCGACCGUAUGGAGGAGCUUCGCGAUAUGUAUCGGGACGAAAUGGAUGCUCAAACCGAAAAAUUCGAGAAGGAGCGGUCCAAGAUGCACAAUCUGGAAACAUCCCUCCAAGAGACCUUGAAGACCAAACGAAAGGAAGUGGACGAACUCAAGGUUCGGGCCCACGAAUCCGAAACCAAAGUGACCGAACUGACCACGAGACUCGAAAACCAAACCUUGGAAGUCCUGCGACUUCAAACCGAAUUGGAAGAGUAUGAGUACGAAGAUGCAGUGGGGGGAACGUGGUAGCUCGAAAACCAUGCAUGACGAGCGUUUACUUGUGAUAACAAGCCUUUAAUAUUUCGACGAAACAACAAUAAACAGGAAACAUUAGUGUUCUUCA